AAUAACGCUACAACGGUUUUGAGGAAGGUGUCCCGGGAAUUCCAUGCCUUCCUUUGCAGUACCAUAAAUUCAUUGUAAGUUAGAUCAAUCAGGAUACAUAUUACUGCCACAGACGCACGCUAUUAAUUGGUUAAGAGAUUUUAAACUUUUAACAACACACUUCUGUUCAGAGGUCCCGUUGUGUUGUACCUCUUCAGUUAUUAGCACUGUGUUUGCGCAUUCGUCCCAGUCCGUUCGUCCGAAGAUGCCACCAUCUGCAGACUUGCAGCUUCCCAACGAAAGAGGGGUCAGUGGACCCUGCUUCUUCCACUGAGUACCACAGGGACACGACAUUUCAGGGUUGCAACCACCAGGCAGACGCAACAUUGUCACCAGUGUACCAGCCUGCUUCCACAGACAGCCAGGAUGUGUGACAGCGAUGAUAGUUUGUGUAGAUACAAGCCCUCCAGGUUUCAGACUCGCUCUGCAGCUUCAGCCUGUUCUCUCCAGGGUCGCCCUCUGCGCACCACUCUGGCAGCCCUCCAGCAGCUCCUCUCGUGGGUUCACACUCACAGUCGCCACUGCCCCCUGCAGCCCUGCCACAACCCCUCCCGGGCAGAGAAAGCAGCAAAGUGCCCCCCGAAGGUGACCCACUGGGCCUGCGGGGCUGGGCACAGCUACUCCUGGGAGCUCAGCCUAUUGGUGGAGCAGACGAGGCCAGGGGGUUGUCCCCCGCUGGUCAAUGGAGGGAAGAUGAAUCCCAGGAGGAAGGCACAGGGAGAUGGUGAGAGGAGAGAGGCUGGCUCGAGUGUGGAGCAGACACAGCCUCACAGUGCCCUAGGAGAGCGGGGAGAGGAGAGGAGACAAGCCCCUACUGUAAAGCAGGAGGAGGAGGAGGAAGAGGAAGAAGAGGAGAGGGAGGUUGUGACUCUGUUGCAGAUGGACUGUGAGUCGGACCCAGACGAGCUCAGCCUUUCUGGAGAAAAGUUCCUGGAUCAGACAGAAAUGAAUGUGGAGGCAAAUGACUUGCAGAGUGACCAUGCCUAUACACUGCCACACCACAUAGUGAAGAAUGAGGCAGAGGAAGGGGGAGAUGUGGGGAGAGAGGAUGAAGGUGUGGAGGGCAGAGGAGGAGGAGAGUCUGGUGAAGAUGCAGAGAGUGCGACUGACCCCAGGGAUUCGGAGUACCAGCAGUCUUCAGAGGAGGGGGACAGGAUGGACCCAAAUGACUCUGACUAUCGGCCCUCAGACAGCUCUGGGGAAGGAAAGCGUGUGCGUUCAGUGAGGCAAAAGGGGUGUGUCUCCUGCCCCUACAGGGAUUGUGGGAAAAUGAUCAUGUCCCAGAACGGUCUCCGGCUCCACAUUCUCUCCUAUCAUAAGCGAAUCCGGAGGCUGACUUGCACCUUCCCCGGCUGCACGCAGAGAUGCCUCAACAAGGCCCACCUGAAAGAGCACCUGACCAGACAUAGCAAUGAGAGGACAUUUGUGUGUGAGGUGUGCAACAAGGGCUUCAAAACCAGCAAGAAUCUGACUGUACACAAGCGCAUUCACACAGGGGAGAAACCUCUGCAGUGUGAGUUUUGCGGGUACACCUGUCGACAGAAGGCCUCUCUGAACUGGCACAUGAAAAAGCAUGAUGUGGAGUCAUCCUACAGCUUCUGUUGUGAGCUCUGCGGGAAGAGGUUUGAGAGCAAACUGAACCUGCACUUCCACAAGGGCAAGAGCCACCCCGAGGCCAUCUCCACCCCCGACUGAAGAGCUAUCGACUGGGCCAUUGACAGAGAAACAGACAAGAAAGGAAACACAGAGGCUGUCUCCACCCCCGACUUGAAGAGCUAUUGACUGGGCCAUCGACAGAGAGACAGACAGACAGACAGACAAGAGAGGAAACCCAGAGGCUGUCUCCACCCCUGACUGAAGACCUGUCGACUGGGCUAUCGACAGAGACAGACAGACAAGAGAGGAAACCCAGAGGCCGUCUCCACCCCUGACUGAAGAGCUGUCAACUGGGCCAUCGACAGAGAGGAAACCCAGAGGCUAUAUCCACCUCUGACUGAAGAGCUAUCGCUGGGGCCAUCAACAGUGAGACAGACACAGACAUAGAGGAAACCCUGAGGCUAUCUCCACCCCCUUCUGUCGACCGACACACACGCAGACAGACAGACAGACAGA